UUUUUUUUAGUCUCUCCUUCUCCUCCUUCUUCUUUCCUCUUUUCUUCUUCUGCAGGAACUCCAUCCCUGCCUUACGUCGUCCGCCGUCCUCCCCUCUUCUUCAAAGACCCUUUCCUGGCAAUCGACAUUGCACCGUCCGUGUUGCAUGUACAUCAUAGACUACCAUAUUAUAUCGUGCCGUACCAUACCAUAUCUUACCAUACAUAUCCCGCAAACGUUCUGUAUCCCCCCUUUCCCUUUUCCCCCUUGCCUCCUGAUCGCUUAUUUAGGCAAGCAACUCUUUCUUCUUCCUCCUUCCUCCUUCCUCACGCAAUCACUCCUCUUCCUCCUGAUCUCUUUCCUCAUUCUCUCUUCUUCUCAUGAAGAUCCAUCAGCCCAUCCUCCUGCUCAGUCUGAGCCUUGCCAGCGCCCUAGCCCUGCUGCCCAAUGCUUCUGCCGCCCUUAAUACCCACUUUCCAGCCCUGUCACACAAUCACCACCACAAACAAUCACAUUCCCAAAAGGGCCACUCCAGGACAGGGGCUGCAUCGAGCCAACUCACACCAGCAGCGGCUUCUCAACGCCGUGGUAGCAACAACAGGAACGCCAACGUCCCUCAAGGGCUCUCAAUCCCUACAGAACUCUCGGCGCCUUCGGCGUCCUCUUCGUCGUCCUUACGCCAGCAAAAACAGCAACAAAGUCCUGGGAAUUCAAAAAUAGAAGUGGCCAAGCUCAAUGGGAAGACGCCGGCCAUCCGAUCCGCCACGCAAUAUCACAAGAGGACAAAGGCAAAGAAAAGCACAUCGUUCGCCAAGAGAGCCAUAGACCCCCCGAAAUAUCGCCCACCCACACCCAGAAAGGGAUCCCUUGUCGACCCAUCUCCCUCUACAGAAACAACCACGGCAUCACCGAUACCCACCACGCCAUUGCUGCUCUUGCCAGACUCGCGCUCAGUCUGGCAUACAGGAUCUUACCAAACUGUAAAAUGGUCUCGCAAGUAUCUCAGAACCCUGCCCAACGAUACGACCGUCGACAUCGUUCUCGUAGACUCAACCACCAACCGAAAAGUGUUCUCGCUCAAACGAUUUAUUCCCUUCAAGAAGGGGUCUGCCCAGGUCUGGGUCCCCGUCACCCUCCCCGAGCGAGGAUCGUUUGUCCUGGUGCUAGAGCUGUAUCGCGGUCGGAGCCAGGAGCAGGUUUUGGGCGCUCUUGCCUCGUCCACAUCGUCAUCAUCACUCAAACAAGUGCAGCAGCAUUCAGGGGAUUCACUGGAAAAACUAUCGGAAGGCCCAGCAGACGAUACUAACAAUCGUCCAUCAUCCAAUGACGUGUUUUCGACCAUCGUACGGCGAUCCGAUAUUAGCAUCGCUACAGGACCGCGCAAGGUUCCACGGGACAGCCCUUAUCCUGGCUCGAAAGGAGGAGGGAGCCUCAGGAAGGGUCUAGGCACAGGCAGCGCGGGCACACAUCACGAUAUCAACAACGACGACUACUACGUUGGUGCCAGUGAUGAGCGGCCCUUUGAAUUCUUGCCGGAGGAGAUGAGAGAGGAGUACCCCAACACCGUACGUCCGUUAGAGCUGGAACACACAUUCGGAUUGCACCAGAAGGUCUAUAGUCUUACGCCCUACACACUCAAAUGGCAGAUCCCCACUCGGGUUGCAGAGCUGUUGGAAUAUGCGCGACAGAUGCAGAGGACAAUUGGGACUCUGAACAAGCAACAGCAACAGCAGCGCACACCAUGGACAUCCAAAUCGACGUUCUUGGCAAAGGUGCUGGUUGAGCUCGUGGCGGAUCAGACGAUGAAACCAAUCUCGGUAUUGGCGAAGGAUGUGCCCGCAGAGACGAUGUUUCAGUAUCUUAGUAUCCAGGAUCGGGUCCCGCAAGCGUUUUAUCGACUGCGGGUACAAAUGGUGGUAGUUCAGGUCAAGCUCGACGGAACGACGGUGCAGGAGACGGCUGGUGGAGGAGCAAUGUCGGGAAAGCAGCAGGCUAGAGGAAUGGAGGGGUGGGAGUUUCCGAGUGACGGGGAGGUGAUUGAUCGGUACGAGGCUGUUACUCGCCGGUUCUGGGUAUCGCAAGGCGCGCUCUAAGUGCUAAGAGGGUCGCACGCGGUACCUAACUUUUUUUAUUCAUCUUACAUUCUUCAUUCACAUACCACCUGCAUAUCAUACCCCAUACACAUCCACACACAUAUACACACACACACAAAAGAGACAUAAUGAUGUUAUUUCUUCAUACUUCUAUCCAUCCUCUCUGAAAACAAAGAACAAAAACAAAAACAAAAUCAAAAAAGAUGCCCUCUAUCCACCGUAAAAUAAUAAUCAUAAUGAAUAAAGAAGCACCGAGUGGUGACCAUCAUGAGCCUGGGAUUCAAGCGUUCGUAGAAACAGA